AUUCGUGUAACUUUGCGAUUUUUAUUACUUUUCUUACAUCCUCCGGAGUUCUUUGGUCGCUGUAAUCAGAAGAUGUUAUUUUUUAAAUAAUAAAGUCGUUUUAACAACAGUUAAUCAGCUUUUAUAUGAAUUGCUACAUAUUCGUCAAAAAAAUCGUUCGUACCAUACGAUUUCUUGAAAUCGAUUUUAAUUUGGUACAGACCUAGAAUGAUAAUGGCAACACAUAGUAACAUUGACAUUGACAGUUUCUUUUUCAGUGACAUUUAAUUCGAUUUUUCGAUCCUCGCAAAUUUCUUCUAGAAUUCAUUCACUUUAGUUUUUGUUAACCCUAAGCAGAAUUAGUUAAAUAAACACAAAAUGUCCAUUUUCAGUGAUAUAUUACCGAUAAAUAAAAAUGAAGAGAAGACACAAGGUGGAGGCAACCUAUCCCCUUAUUUGAACUUCGAUCCCCAUUAUAUUCCAAAAAUGCAGCCAGAAUUUAUCUAUCCUGAUGAUAGCCAUAUGGCCUCUACAGCAAGAAGAUCUAAUGUGGCUCUUCCUAUCAUUGGAAUGUCUUUCAUGACUGGAUCAGGUCUUGGUGGAAUGGCUGGAUUAUACAAAGGUCUGAGAGCAACAACACUGGCUGGGCAAACAGGAAAAGUUAGAAGAACACAAGUUGUCAACUAUAUUAUGAAACAAGGUACCACAACAGGCUGUACAUUGGGUAUAAUUGCGUCCUUCUACUCAUGCAUUGCUCUUGGAGUAACUUGGUUAAGAGAUAAAGAAGACACCGCAAACACAUUCAUAGCAGCCGCCACAACGGGUGUCAUAUACAAGAGCACGGCCGGCUUACGAUCCAUUGGUUUAGGAGCUGCUGUGGGGUUAACACUUGCUGGAGUUUACACAUUAGUUACAGACAACGACAACAUAUGGAGCAAAGCGAGAUACAAUAGAUUGUGAUUCUACUCACUUUUAGAGAUAGCACAGAUAAGCAAUGCCGCACUAUGGUUUGCAAAAUAUUUACGUAUAUCUAUGAUCAAGAUUACAUAAAUAUUAUAUAACUUGAAUUUAAUGGAAAUAAGAAAUACCAUAAUCACAGAAUAAUUAUCAAUUUAAAUACUGAAAUAUUAAAAAAACAAAUCCAUAGACAAUAAAUGACAUUGACAGCUAGUAAGAUAUGUAAAUAUAAUUUCUCAUUGCCAUUAAAUUCAACCAUAAAUGCUAUAUUAAUGUGGCAUAGCUUCUUCAGUUGUUAUCUAUAUAAUUUGUAUAUAUAGACUGUUAUUUUUUAGUUGUUACUGCAAUUGGCACCAAAGGAUCUCUAAGUGUAUCGGACUUACUAACCCCAUGUCUGUAGCACUUGUCUUUAUAAUGUGCCCAACCUGGAUUGUUCUGUUGUUAGAUCAUAUUGUUCCUGGAUCAACACAGGAGAAGCACAAUUAACCGUAAGCCUUUAAAAAAAUAAAACUAUUGAUUUGAAAAA